UUCCCAGGUAUUUUCACUCAUAGGUGUGUCUUAGAACUUGGCAAUCACUGUGGCUGUAUGUGAAACAACAACCUUUAAUUUUAAUUGUUAAACUAUUUUCAGCAAACCAUGACCCAGCGUUCGAGACCUGGCUAUUAUCGUCAGGAAGUGAACAAAACUAUUUGGGAAGUACCUGAAAGAUAUAAAGACUUAAGACCGGUUGGGACGGGGGCUUAUGGUACAGUAUGCUCUGCUCAGGACCGCAGAACAGGGUCAAAGGUAGCAAUAAAGAAACUCCUAAGGCCUUUCCAGUCUGAACUUUUUGCCAAGAGGGCUUACCGGGAACUCCGACUUCUUAAACACAUGAAGCAUGACAAUGUUAUUGGACUGCUUAAUGUUUUUACCGCAGACCUUUCACUGGACCGAUUCCAAGACUUUUACCUCGUGAUGCCCUUUAUGGGUACUGAUCUUGGGAAACUUAUGAAAACAGAGAAGCUUUCAGAAGACCGAGUUCAGUAUCUUGUCUACCAGAUUCUGAAAGGACUAAAGUAUAUCCAUGCUGCUGGUAUCAUUCACAGGGACCUCAAGCCAGGCAAUUUAGCCAUCAAUGAAGAAUGUGAACUCAAGAUCCUGGAUUUUGGUUUGGCCCGUCAGGCGGAUAGCGAGAUGACAGGCUAUGUGGUAACUCGCUGGUACAGAGCCCCUGAGGUCAUCCUCAACUGGAUGCAUUACACACAGACUGUGGACAUCUGGUCUGUUGGCUGUAUCAUGGCAGAGAUGCUUAUUGGAAAACCUCUGUUCAAAGGACAUGAUCACCUUGAUCAACUGACUGAGAUCAUGAAAGUCACUGGAACGCCUUCACAAGAGUUCAUCUCCAAACUGCAAUCCCAGGAUGCUAAAAACUACAUUCAGAAGAUGCCCAAACUUAGGAAGAGAAAUCUUCUGAAUUUCAUGCCAGACACCAACCCUCAAGCAAUUGCUGUGUUGGAGUCCAUGUUGUUGCUGGACCCAGAAAGCAGAGUGACAGCAGCUCAAGCUUUGUCUCUGCCCUACUUCUCUGAGUUUCGUGAGCCAGAGGAGGAGACUGAAGCGCCGCCAUAUGAUCACUCACUAGACAAUGCUGAGCAGUCCCUGGAGCAAUGGAAACGACUCACUUUUAGUGAGAUUCUUACGUUCCAGCCUCCGCCACUGGGGCCUCUGCAGAAAGAGACAUCACUCUGAGCAGAACCUUUUCACUAUAAACAUCUCAAGCCAAGUGUGCCAUAGCUCGUUUCAUGUGACCUAUGGUAUUGUGUGUAUGUAUACAGUAUAUAAAUUAUAUACUUUAUGGACUGUAGAACAUGUUACGUGUUACAGUAAGUACUGCUGUGUUGGUGGUAAAGCAUAAACAAUACCAGCCACAUGCCUUUAUUAGGACACUGCACAUCGUAUUCAUGUACUGGAACAUGAGGCAUAAAUGCCAUCAUUUUUUGGAGCAAGUGUCUAUAAUUCUAUGGUCUGCUGCAGAUCAUGGACACAUUUAAGUCCAUUGACAUUUGGGUAUAUCCAUAUGUUAAACUAAAUAUCUUUUAUAUCUAAGUUUUUUUGAAAAUAAAUUCGCUACAACUAAUAACCAAA